AUGUACCCAGGAAUUGGCCCUGCUUCGUCCACGCACCCUCGUUGGAUUCCGAACCCUCCAUCGGUGCUGCUCCGUCCACGCACCCAGGAAUCAGCGAGGAGAAGAGGAAGAGGAAAACCGGAGAAGCCCUCCACCGAUUCCGCAAUCGAAACUUCGGAGAAGAAGAUGAAAAGAGGGGAGCUUGAUAAGGAAUGGGAGGAGAGGAAGUACGGUGUGGUGGUAGAUGAAGAAAAAGAAGCGUCUUUGUUGGAGAACGGAAAAGUUCGGAACAAGAGGAAGUUGCUGCAUAACCCUGCUGAUAUAAUGGUAUCGAAGGAAGGGUUUGAUGAUGAGGAGAAGCUCUUGAGAACGAUAUUCGUUAGGAAUUUGCCUCUCAAGGUGAAGAAGAAGACCCUGCUCAAAGAGUUCAAGAAGUUCAGUGAGGUUGAAUCCGUGAGGAUUCGUUCUGUUCCGAUACAAGAUACUCAAAAGCCUAAGAAGGGUGCUAUCCUUGCGAAGAAAAUCAAUGAUGCUGCUGAUAGGUAUUCGAGCUUAACUAAACUGAAUAAUUUACCAAGCUGCAACUUCAAUUGCAAUAUUGUAUUGAGUUUAAUGAUGUUGACAUGUGAUCACCCAGUCCCUCUGAAUCGGUACAAUGAAAGGGUGGAGGAGCACUUACAAUUAACUGAUUUUUAUCAUGCAUCUCAGAUUGAGGUAGUCCAAUGUCAGAAAGCACUGGUGAAUGCUCUAAUCGAAAGGUGGCAUCCAGACAUACAUACCUUUCGCCUUCCAAUUGGUGAAUGUGCUGUGACGCUUGAAGAUGUGGCAAUAAUUUUUGGUCUUCCGACGGACGGUCUUCUAGUCACAAAGAUGACAAUGAGUAGUUUUGAAGCCUUGGAGGCGGAGUAUUUACACCAAUUUGGAGUUGCACCCAGUAAGUCGGCAUGUAGAGGAAGCUGCAUAAAACUGACCUGGCUGCGGGAUCUGAAAGAAAACUUACAGUUGACUGAUGAAAACAGUAUACAGAGGUACGUGAAGUGCCACAUUAUGUUUUUGAUCGGAUCGAUCUUGUUUGGGGACAAGUCUGGCACAGGUGUGCAUUGGAAGUAUCUACCACUGCUUCAUGAUUUUGGGAGUAUUGGACAGUACAGUUUGGGAUCGGCAUGCCUAACACAUCUAUACAGGGCGUUAUAUAGGGCAUCUCGUAUGAUUGUAAGGAGAUCGAUGGUCCGCUAACGCUUCUUCUUGGUUGGGCUUGGAUCCGCCUACCAUAUCUAGCGCCACUUCCUAGGGAACCCCGCAGUUUUUUGCUUGCAAACAUGUAAUAUUAUCUUACAAUCACCCCGUAUCUUAUUAUUUAGAAUCCAAUUGUGUUAAUGAAAUAAGUCAUAUUAGGUGGCGUAAUUGGAAGCGUGGAGAUCGUCGUUAUAGAUAACUUACGCUUGCUCACUUUAGGAAGGCCUUCGAUGAUCUUCAGGAAGGCCAGGUGUGUUUUCAUUAAAGAAGAAUUUGUUUCGGGUUUAGUGUUAGUGUUAAUCUUAUUGUUAUUGUUGUUGUUCUUGUCAUUGUGAUUGUGAAGUAGAUUGUAAUCAUGAGUUUACUUUA